AUGUAUAUGGCUUCCGUUGGAGUCUUGGAUGAAGGACAGCCAUGCGAGCAAGCAGGGUUUCGAAAAGGAUUCAGCACGAUUGACCACAUUCACACUGUUUCGAAACUCAUCGAGGUGUCACGAGAGUACAAGAUGCCGCUCUGUCUCACCUUCAUCGACUUAAAGAAGGCCUUCGACUCAGUUGAGACGGAAGCGGUCGUUCUACAAGUUGUCUAUUCUACAAGAACAUCAUCAUUGACGUGA